UUUAUUAUCACUCUCUCAAUUUCAUUCUCAUUCUUCAUUUUUCUUUCUUUCUUUCUUUCUUCUAAUUCAAUUCAAUUCUCUCUAAUUUUCUCUAAAAAUGGGGAAUUUAAAGGCCAUUAGCUUAAAAUUUCUGUUCGCUACCACAGGUUUAGCCAUGUUCAUCACUCUAAUUUACACCAUAAUCGUUACACCAAUUUCAGACAUAACAGUUUCCCAGUGGCUUGUGACAACUUGGAUUGAUUUCUUCAUAAACGUAGCUGUUUUAUCGAGUUGGAUCUAUUACAAGGAAUCUACCAAGUUUAGAGCUAUACUUUGGAUCAUUUUCGUUGCAGCUUUGGGCUACCCUGUUUUAAGUACCUAUAUUCUUAUUCAACUAUUCAAGCUCUCACCUCAAGAAGCUAAUACAGAUCCUAUUUAUCAUGUCUUGUUGCGCCAUUCUAACAAGAACGAUGUAGAAACGAAGGCGAAACACUCUGUUGUUACUGCAAGAGUAUUUUUCAGUGCUUUAGGAUGUGUAAUGCUUGGAGCUUUGAUUUACACUUUGUUGACUGAUGGUUCUCCCUUUCGCAAAGAACUUCUAGAUUCAGUCAUGGUAGCAACACUGAUCGAUUUCUACUGUCUUGUUCUUGCUCUAUCAGUUUGGAUUGCUUACAAAGAAUCAUGCUUGAUUUGUGCAGUCAUUUGGAUAGUUUUAUUGAUAUGUUUUGGAAGCAUUGCAACAUGUGCUUAUGUUGUACUACAACUGUUUCAGUUAACAUCUCAAGAUCCACUCUACCUUGUUCUUAUAAAACAUGUUGACAGGCAAGUACAUAAGGAAGAAAGAAAGUAUGGAAUACCUUUGAACAUCUAACAGUGCAACAGAAGAUAUAUAUAGUAAGGUCCAUACAUUAUUAUUAACUGUUGUUGUUGUUUAUUUAUUUUAAUUUAAGUCCUCCUUGUUGUUGUUCUUAAUUUUAUUUUCUAAAUGUGACCAUUUUCAAUAAUAAUAAUAAUAAUACAAAAACAUUACUACAAAGUUUCAGUAA